AUUUCGACGGUAUAUUUUUUCGAUAAAUCCGAUAAAUAACAAGCAACAACAAAAUUCACUGCGCUGCGUAAUUAAUUAAAUAUUUUAUCAAAUUCAAGCCAAAUCGGUACAAAAAAGAUUACUCCCAGACUGUGUAACGGUGUUCAAUCGAUUGCCAAAGCUUAAGAGAGCCAUUGGAAGCAAACCGCCAACAGAGAAUACAUCAAAAUGGCCACCCGUAAGAAAUCUUUGCUGAAAGUCAUCAUACUGGGCGACAGCAGUGUGGGCAAGACCUCACUCAUGAAUCAGUAUGUGAACAAACGCUUCUCUAACCAAUACAAAGCAACGAUUGGCGCUGACUUCUGCACGAAAGAGGUGGUUGUCAACGACCGUGUGGUCACAAUGCAGAUUUGGGAUACAGCUGGUCAAGAACGCUUCCAGUCACUCGGCGUGGCUUUCUAUCGCGGAGCUGACUGCUGUGUGCUCGUUUACGAUGUGACGGCGCCUAACUCAUUCAAGAAUCUCGACUCCUGGCGCGACGAGUUCUUAAUACAGGCCAGUCCACGUGAUCCCGAGCAUUUCCCCUUUGUUGUACUAGGCAACAAAGUGGACUUGGAUAACCGCCAAGUGUCCACGCGCCGGGCACAACAAUGGUGUCAAUCCAAAAACGAUAUACCCUACUAUGAAACCUCAGCCAAGGAGGGCAUCAACGUGGAGAUGGCGUUUCAGACUAUUGCCAAGAAUGCGUUGGAGCAGGAGGCAGAGGCUGAAGUUAUCAACGAUUUCCCCGAUCAGAUCAUCUUGAAUUCUCAAAAUAAUCGUCCAGGAAACCCUGACAACUGUCAGUGCUAAUGUAACAACAACAACAACGCAACGUGGAUAAUUACAAAAUCUAUGUUAUAAAAUAAUAUUUGCAACAUAAUUAUGAACAUGAAAAGCAAACACACACGGAGAACGAGACGACAGAAAGUGUUCUAUGAUUAAGUAAAACAAUUUCAGCAAACAGCAUAGUAAUUAAUUAUUUGUUAGGACGACAAAUUCAGAAGUUCAGAUCAGCAUCAGCAGACUCGUUUUAUGGGCCCCUGGCAAUGGACCCUCCCUCUUCAAUACCUAACCCUGACUCUACUACCUACAAUCUAAGUAAACGUUCAAUAAAUAGGUAUGCUCUGUGUACUCGUAUCUACAUAACAUAUUCAUAUGCAGGUGUCCUCCGCUCCUAGUACUAUUUUUGCCAUUUAAUUAGUAAAAUUUGUAUGCACGCAGCAGCUGCUGGGCUUUGCAACAGGCACCAUUGAGAAUACAAUAACAAAGUAUCUUCGAAGCAAACAACAAAAUCUUGUGAUUGUAAAUUUAAUAAAACGAAACAUUUUUAUUGUAUCUAUUCUA